CAGAGCCAUGGAACCUUCAAGAAGCAACUCACCACAACACAUGACAACAGAAGCUGAUGGAGACCACUGUGGAGGAUCACAAGCAGACAAGCUCUUAGCUCCACUGUCAGAUAGUGAGGACACGUUAAACGUUAACGUAAAUAUAGAAUCACGCAUGACAAUGCACACAGAAGAAAAACCCUUUGGUUGUUCAGUUUGCGGAAAAGGCUUUUUUAAAAACUCUAAUUUGACUCGACAUAUGCGGACGCACACGGGAGAAAAACCCUUCAGCUGUUCAGUUUGCGGCAAAACAUUCUCUGUCCAAAGUGCAAUGAAAUCCCACCAGAGCAUACACACGGGUGAAAAAACAUUUGGUUGUUCAAUGUGUGCAAAAGGCUUUUUUGUCAAAUCUAGUUUGACUAAACACAUGAGGAUACACACAGGAGAAAAUGUGUAUAGUUGUUCAGAUUGUGGCAAAAGAUUCUGUGACAAAAGUACAAUGCAAAUACACAUGAGAAAACACACAGGGGAAAAACCUUUUAGCUGCUCUGAUUGUGGUAAAAGAUUCUCCGUCAAAUCUUCAAUGCAAAAACACAUGAGAACGCACACAGGAGAAAGACCUUUUAGCUGUUCCGUCUGCGCAAAACGCUUUCUUGUAAACUCUCAUUUGACUCUCCACAUGCAAACGCACACAGGAGAAAAACCUUUCAAGUGCUCAAACUGUGGCAAAAAUUUCUAUGGGAGAGCUAGAAUGCUGACACACAUGAGAACGCACACAGGAGAAAAACCUUUCCGCUGUUCAGUGUGCGAUAAAGGGUUCUCUGUCAAGGGUGCAAUGAAGUCACAUAUGAGGACGCACACAGGAGAAAAACCUUUCAGCUGUUCAGUGUGCGCCAAAAGAUUCUCCGUCAAAAAUAGAGUGCAAAUGCACAUGAACACGCACACAGGAGAAAAACCAUUCAGUUGUUCAGCGUGUGAGAAAAGGUUCUCUAAAAAAGAGAACAUGCAAAGACACAUGAGAACACACACGGGAGAAAAACCCUUUAUUUGUACAGUGUGCGCCAAAAGAUUCUCUGUCAAAUAUAAAAUGCAAAUACACAUGAACACGCACACAGGGGAACAACCAUUCAGUUGUUCAGUGUGCGAGAAAAGAUUCUCCAAAAGGGAGAACGUGCAAAGACACAUGAGAACACACUCAGGAGAAAAACCUUUCAGUUGUUCGGUGUGUGAUAAAAGAUUUUCCGCCAAACAUCAAGUGCAAUUUCAUAUGAGGACACACGCAAAGGAGAAAAACAUUUCAGUUCAGUGUGAGAUAAAAGACUCUCUGCUCAAAGUCAAAUGCAGUUACACAUGAGAACGCACACAGUAGAGAAACCUUUCAGUUGUUCA